UUGACCGCUCACCUUCUCAAACACGUUCCAUUAAUAAUAGCAGCUGCCCGCCUUUAUAAUAGAAGUAUAAGUCAUAAUUCAUAAAAACCUUGAAUUUUGUUCAGACUUCAAAAUCCCAUAUAUUUACUCCUGUCUUCUCUUGUUCGUCAACUUUUACCAAUCAUAUACUACUCUUAGACUAGCAAUAUAGAAGAAGAAGGUAUGAAACAUCAAGAGCACAAAUCAGAAGAUCACUGUGAUCUUCACUCAGUCCACAAAUCCUCCGCGAAAAUCAUGAAGGUGAAACCAUUAUCAGCAUUAGGACCCUCAGGUCCUCCACAACCAAAGGUUUAUAAGGUUAAGCCUAUCCAUUUCCGAGAACUUGUUCAGAAGCUCACUGGAGCACAACCUGAACUGCUACAACAGCCUACGUCUUACUCUCGGCCUCAAGCUCGUCCUAGGCGUAGUAACCUACAGGUUGUUGCUCCACCUCCUCUGCCACUUCAUCCUCAUCAACUUCAACUUAACAGCCAAACUGAUCUAACGAGCUUUUCAGAGAAGCAAGUGCCAUGCAAAGUAGAGCAAGACCAGAAACCUUUCUCAGAAAAGACGAUGCAAAAUGGUGUGGGUACAACUGAACUCAUCCUAUCCCCGAAUUUUCAGGCUUGGUUUUCUUUUGCUAUGUUAAGUCCUGGGUCAGCUGCUCUAUCUCAGAUAUAGCAAUGAUCAUUCAUUGAAAAAUAUUAAUGUAUUUAUAUACUUUUAGGUUACGUUUUUGCAGCUAUUUUCACUUUUCCAAGGGCCUGGUGUACUUUUAAUCUUUUAUUCAAGCCGGAAAGUUAACCCUACUGUUUUCGUAAAACCCUUCAUUGUUUACUUGUCUAGUUAGCUUACAUCAGAAAAUCAAUACAAUUUCCUGUAUCAAAUUCAGCUGAAUACAACUCAGAAUUUGAAACGAAGACUAAACAUUCAUUGAAUUCCUCUUAUCUA